AUGAUUCGCAUUGCAGCCCUAAAUGCUUCUUUGCCAGCGGCAGAUGAGUCUCAAGACCCUUUGAAAAGUUCAAAGAGUCGGACCAAAGAAGCUCAAGAAGCUGAAGCCUUUGCUUUAUACCAUAAAGCCUUGGAUCUCCAAAAACAUGACAAGUUUGAGGAGUCAGCCAAGGCUUAUCAUGAUCUUCUUAAAACGCCAUUGCUUAAAGAGGCAAUACCAACAGAAGACCAAAGAUUGGCCCUCAAGCAUCCCGGUCUGAUGCUGAAAUAUUCAACGUUCAAAAAUCUGGCGAGUAUGGCAGCUUUGAGGGAGGACCUCGAGACAGCUAUGGAUUUCUAUUUGGAGGCGGUGAUGUUGGACUCCACUGAUGUAAACAUGUGGUAUAAGAUUGGGCUGCUGGCUGUGCGUCUUAUACGCAUCCCUUUAGCUCGCCAUGCUUUUGAAGAGGGAUUACACUGUAAUCCAGACCAUUGGCCCUGUUUGGAUAACCUUAUCACUGUUUUAUACACGCUUUGUGACUACACCUGUUGUUUAUACUUCAUUGCUAAAGCGCUUGAGAAAGAUCAUUGCUACAGUAAAGCUCUGGUGUUGAAGGAGAAGAUCUUUGUGGAACAGCCCUCGCUUAAAAGAGAUACCACUCAGAUGUUCAAGAAAUGUGACCGGUCCAUCCAUUAUGUUGAAGUGGAACCUGAAGAGCAUAACUCUAUUGUUGAAGAAGCGCUGGAGCUAAGGAGGCGUAGACGGGCCCUUUCGUCCCAGGAGCCACCAGCAGAUCUUGUCCUCAUUCAGCCAAUUCGCUGCCUCUCCUGGAAGCAUGUGGGUGAAAGCCUGCUAGCAAUGUACAGACAUCAGACGACUUGUGAAACACCUAGGCCAAGUCUUGGAAGAAGAAUAGACUUAUCAGAAUACCGCGAACCCAACUUUCUUGAAAAUCUCCCUCAGCCCAAAAGUCCAGUGAGCACUAGCCAAACCACUGCCCCUGUGCUCAGUAGCAGUCCAAGCUCCUCUCUUGCACCGCUUACAUUUUCGGAACCAGUUUUAACUGCACAAACCACCUCUCAACUUCCAAUCAUUCCCACUCUCACAACUGUUGAGGUGACCUCCACAGCAGCACCAUCUGUUGCCUCAAUAAUGGAGGCAAAGAAACCACAAAAAAGAAAACGCACAUCAGAUGAAAAUGUAGAUACAGCUAAGAGGCGCUCCGCCCGUGUCCGAAACACAAAAUGCAAAAAGGAAGAGAAGAUUGAUUUUCAGGAACUGCUUUUCAAAUAUCUUCCAUCCAGACUUAAGAAGUUUGACCCGGACGAUGAUGAGAGUUUGAGUAAUCUUGAUGCCCAGUUCAAUGGGAAGGAAAAUGUACAGGAUAUCCAAGGCGGCAUGGAGGUCGACACUAUAGAAUACAUGGAUUCUGAAAAACAGGAUGUCCAUAACUUCCUUCUGAACAGCAUGAGCAAUGGAGGUAUCCUUGAUCUGUUAAUGCGUUAUCUUAAAGCUGUGGGAAAGAAAUUCUUAGAAAACUGGCCUCGUAGUUUGACUUCUGUGGUGCUUGAGGUGUAUCAGACUUGGAGGAAGCACAGCACCGGCCUUCCCAACCCUCUGCUCCGGGACUGCAGUAACCAACACAUUAAGGACAUUUUAACAAUCUGUUUGGCUUGUAUGGAGCUUCAGUUGGAGCAGUGGUUACAUAGUAAGGGGAAAAAUGUAUCACCAAGGAGAAGCAGUCUUGGUAGCAGUGAAGACGCUGACUUGGAUUUCCCCGGACAGCACUUCCAGGGUGAUUUGUUUAUGCUGGCACUUGGUUCAUCCCAAAAGGACCUCUUUGAAGACGACUGGAUGGAUAUCAUGGUGCGUGUCUAUUGGCUCAAGGCACGCUACUGGGCUCUGCAGGGAAACAUGGAACUAGCUUCGGAGAGCUACGACACAUGCCUCAGUUGGCUUCAAACUAAACCAAAAACUUUAGAAGGGAAAUAUUAUGCAAUCACUCUGCCAAAUCUACGUGUGGACGCAACCAUUUCAGUGGAAGAGAUUGAAAAGAGACUGAAGUCCUUGGAACGCUGUCAGUCCCUGGAGGAGAUCCAGCGUCUUUUUGAAUCUGCAGACUACGGAUCAGUCGUGCUCUUGUUGCAGCCCACACUUAAUUAUGGCAACAGAUGCAAGCCCCUAGAGUUUGUCAGCUCCGCACCCGAAAGACCUGCUCAGCUAAUGCUAUUACAGAAUUCAUUAUUGCGGAUGAAAGACUACGGGCAGUGUUUGGAAUACAGUGAGCUUUCCCUUAACGAGUCUCUACAACAACUGACAUCUGCAUCAGCCACUUCGAAUCCCAGUAAAGAAGAAUGGGUCUGUACCAUUGGAAAACUGCUCGAUGGCAUAGAGUUAUGUUUCAACAAGGAUACAGACUUGCUGAAAAACGUCACUCACUUCUCCAGUAUGGCACGACUGGCUAACAAUCUUAUCCAGCUCAUUGAUCUCAGCAUGGCCGUUUCUGAUGACCCGAAGGAACCAUUUUUCUUCUCUGUCCUGCCUUGGAUAAUUUUGUAUCGCAUUAUCAAGCAUGAGGAGGCUGCUUUUGACUGCAUGCUGAGACGGCACAUAUCCAUUGGUGAUGAGGAAGAUGACUCAGACACUCCUAUGCUGCCUUCCUCUUUGAUGCUUCUGAAUACUGCCCAUGAGUAUCUUGGCCGGCGCUCAAUGUGUUGCAAUUCAAAUGGUGCUCUUCUCAAAUUUUUUGUUGAAGUAUUGGAGAAAGAAUUUGCUGCUUGCCAAAGUGCGACCACUCAUCCCUACAGAGAGGAAUUGGAGUUUGCCUUAGAACAAUGUUUUUUCUGCCUGUAUGCCUACCCCAGUAAAAAGAGCAAGGCACGAUACCUUGAAGACCACUCUAGUUCACAGGUCGAGUUAAUGUGGUGUGAUGCCCUCUCGAUGUUCCAGUAUUUUAAACCAAAAUCGUUGCCUGAGUUUGACAGUUAUAAGACAAGUACAGUCUCUGCAGACCUCGCCAAUCUCCUCCGCAGGUUUUCCGGCAUUGCCCCCAUGGGCGACACACCAACCCUUAACAUGGAGGAAGUAGCUGCCUACAUUGAAGGCAAUAAUGAUAAGGUCCCAGGUUUCCCAGACGGUACUGCUCCAGCACCUCCUAUAAUUAAUGAAAUGUACUACUUGCUGGCAGACUAUCAUUUCAAGAACAAGGAGCAGACCAAAGCCAUUAAGUUCUACAUGCAUGACAUAUGUGUUUGUCCAAACAGAUUUGAUUCUUGGGCAGGUAUGGCUUUAGCCAGAGCCAGCCGUAUUCAGGAAAAGCUUAACUCGAAUGAAUUGAAAAGUGAUGUACCCAUAUGGAAGCUCUCACAGGCUGUACUUAACUGCUUUAAGAGGGCUCUUGAGAUCGACAGCACCAACCUAUCUCUUUGGAUUGAGUAUGGGACCAUCUCUUACGCUCUUCACUCGUUUGCUUCGCGACAGCUCAAACAGUGGCGCAAUGAGCUUCCCCCAGAGGUUGUAAAACAGAUGGAGGAGAGGAGAGACUCCAUGUUGGAGACUGCACUGCAGUGCUUUCAGGGUGCAUCCCGUUGUGAGUGUGACAGCGAUGAGGAAGAGUGGCUCAUCCACUACAUGCUCGGAAAGAUUGCAGAGAAACGCAAGAAGCCUCCAGCGGACUAUCUGCAGCUUUAUAAAAAGUCAGCAAACUAUUUACAUGAAGAAGCUGCCCGGUAUCCACGCAAAAUCCACUAUCACAGCCCUCCUGACUUGGCCAUGGAGGCCCUUGAGCUACAUUUUCGGCUCAGUGCAACAAUCUUAAAACUCUUGGAGAGUGGUGACCCUGAUCUCGAUUAUGAGUUCUUGUUCAAUUUAUUAGUGGAGGCUGCUACAGGAUCAUUUGCAAAGGGUGAAGAGAAGAGUAUACCCAGUGUCCCAAGAUCCAUUGAAAAAGACAAGCCAGCUUCUAUGGUGGAUGAGGAUUUCACCAACUCCUCAGUUUGCAUCGGAAACGUGCUAAGGUCAUCCCUCCCAUCGGCAGCCACUCCAGGUCUGACAUCUCCUCCUUAUGUGGCCACGCCGCCUGACCAUGAUUACGCCAAACGCAAAACACUCCGGCGGCAGCAGUGGCAGCAACAGCGGCAUCAGGAGCAGCAGGCUGAUGAGCGGAGUCAGGACAGUGAGGUGGUGCUGCUUUCUGACUCCAACUCCACUCAAGAUGCCUUCACUGACCCCACCAGCUCUCAGGACAGCAGCCACAGACCUGCGGCUGGGAAAGCCAGCUCCACCUCAUCGGAGAGCACCACGCCAGUGAAGGAGGGCCAGCCAACAUCGGACGAAACAACUUUGAACAGUGACAAUGCCUCUGUCCUGGUGGAAGAGAAGAUGAUGCAGGAGAUUGUGGAGGUGAUCAUACUUCCGGAAAGUAUUCCCCCCAAAGCUCCUGUGGACAUCCCACUAUCUGCUCACUUGGUCCCCACCACACCUCCAAAACCACCCCCCUCCCAACAGACAGCCCCUCAGACUCCAGUGAGUGACAGCAAGAAGAAACCCGAGCUACCGCCUGAAGUGAUAGAAGUUCCGAAAGCCUUACCCACCCAUCCAGCAGAGCAGAAGAAGAUGCUGGUGGAUAUGUGUGUCAGGGCUCUGUUCCUCUGUCUGGGCAGAUUCCCUCAACAUUAUAAAAGUCUAUAUCGUCUAGCGUUCUUCUACACAAACAGCAAGACUCACCAGAACCUACAGUGGGCCCGAGAUGUGUUGCUAGGAAGCAGUGUCCCAUGGCAACAGCUAAAGCACAUGCCUGCACAAGGACUUUUCUGUGAACGAAACAAGACUAACCUGUUUAAUGGCAUUUGGCGUAUUCCAGUAGAUGAGAUAGAUCGCCCAGGAAGUUUUGCAUCGCAUAUGAACCGAUCCAUUGUCCUCUUGCUGGAGGUGCUGUAUCAGCUAAAGGAUCACGACACUCUGGUGAAAGUUUCCUUUAUAUUGCAGAGGACCCCUGAUCAGGGAAAGAAGUAUUUACGGGAUGUUGAUCGCCAGGUCUUGGCCAAGAGAGCGUUUUUCCUAACAGUGAAAGUGUUGCAGGACAAACUGAACAGUCUCACAGGGGUUUCAGAGCAGCUUCCCAAAGCGGCUGCCCCCUUUAUGGGGGAGAUGACCACGACUGAGUCAUCCAACAAGGCCAGUUCAGAGGACGACAAACAUGGCCUGCCCAAGAAGCCUCAACUCACAGCAGUAUCUACAGCCCCUGAAAGUGGGCCUCGUGAUGCUUCCAAAGCCUCUGAUACAGGGAGGAAGACUGAGGGUGACACAGAGAAGGUGGAAUCGACUAAGAACGAGACUCAGAAACAAGUCCCUGAGGAGCCCAUGGAUUUGGAUUCUGGGCUCUGGAGAAGGACUACCAGUGGCACUGACUCCCAGGGUAACAAGACUGAGGCGGACAUUCUUCUGAGCAUAGCGGAGCCUCAACAGAAAGGCGCUGAUAACAGUCGGGCUCCAGAGCUCUCUCUGGAGGAGCUCAGCAUCAGCUCCAGGCAACAGCAGCUACAGGCCUCUGUUCCUAAAGCCACUGCUACAGUGACUCAAACGGGACUACAUCGGGCCAAUCGGAAAAGAAAGCUCAUUUCUGAUGUGGAGUCUGGAAAGACCCUCCUACUUGAUGCUUACAGAGUUUGGCAGCAAGGCCAGAAGGUCAUGGCCUUUGACAUGGGGCACAUUGAGAAGAUUAUGUCGGAAACGUACAUGCUUAUGAAACAGGUCGAUGAGGAUGUAGCUUUGGAUCAAGCUAUGAAGUUUUGCCAGAUACAAAUGGCAACAUCUACCCAAAGACAGUCUUCUGUCGAUGCCCCGUCCACCCCAAAGUUCACCAAGGAGCAUCGAGACAUUUUCUUCCCUGCGUCACUACCCACACCUAUCCUGCUAAGCCACAGCGCCUGCCAUCCUCUGUCCACUCCGGAUCCCGCCAAAGUGCUCUAUGAGCCUCUGAGCAAGCUUCCCAGGACCCCUGCUACGGGCUUCCAUGAGCAGCACAGGAGAGUAGCAGGGCCCCCCAUAGCACCAAUGGCCUUCCUACCACACACAGCAGAAGUGAGAGAGGAGCACUCUGAGGGACUCGGAUACCGACAGCAGGAGUCUCAUCUCUGUCAGCAGAUGAAACUGGCCUCGGUGUCACCGGGACAGAACUUUGCAGCGCCCACAACCACGGCCUGGUUCAGUGAGGAGACGCCCACAUGUAGCACCGCACAACUUUGUACAGACCAGCAGCAGUAUGCCAGCAUUGAGCCGUCAAAGCUUCCAGACCCAAGCCGAAUCCGCUCCCGUGCGCCCCCCAAUAUGCCAAAGCUCUUCAUACCCUCAGCAGUCGCAAAGUUCCCCCCAGAGAUCACAGUAACACCCCCAACACCCACCCUGCUCUCCCCCAAAGGCAGCAUCUCAGAGGAAACCAAACUAAAACUCAAGAAUGUGAUUUUGGCGUCUCAGUCGGCGGCCACGGUGAAGAAGGACACUCUGACCCAGCCCGUGCUCGAGGUGCAGGAGACGUCGAGCCAAGAGUCGUCCCAGGAGAGCGAGUCCGAGGAGGAGGAGGAGGAGGAGGACGACGACGACAUGGACAUAAUAGCCCCACCGUAA